GGGGGGGGGGGGGGGGGGGGUCGUUUGCGGGAGGGGGCUCUUUCAGGUGCGUCAGCAGGAGUGAGGCCCUGGCCGGUACACCUCCGCCCACUGAAGGAGCUGGCUCCCAGCUGUCCUAGAGGGCAAGGACAUUUGCAGAUCAAAUCUGCUGUGGCCUGGUCACCUUACCCCAGCUGGGCAGGGGUCCGGGGCACCAUGAGAUGGAGUCAGGUAGCUUGUACUUACCCAUCUUUGGCUGCCCCCCUGGGUUCCUGGGCCAGGGUCCUCUACCAUCAGUGUUCUGGGGGUGGCAAGGCGGUGCCAACGUGGGGACUGAAACAGGCAUUGUGUGGACCCUGUCUGUUCACAGGGAAUUUCCAUGGUGCCAGCUGGAGAUUAGGAGGGGUUGCCCAGGUCUCUCAAGAGUUGAGGAGACAGAGCCUGGCUUAGGUUACAGCUGUGUCACUGGUGGGACAGGGUGGGGAGGUGGCAGCCAUGAUACAGGGCAUCUGUUCCCCAAGACUUGUCUGCCUACCCCCCUCCCUGUUUGAGCUCCCCUCAUGUAGGAAAGCCUCCUGUGCCCACUCCCAGCCCCCAGCAUCUGUCCAGUCCAGACUGGACCCCAGUUAACAGAACUGUCACAGCAGGGAGGGGCUCACAGUAGAGUUUGGUCCCCCACUUGGAGUUCAGUGAGGGAAACAGACCUUCAGAAGGAUGGUGACAUGCACUGGAUGACAGUUAAAAGCAGAACCUGGACUUAGAACCCAGGUUUCCUGACUCUAGGCCAUGGCCUCAUUCAGUCCUCUACUCCCUCUUCAUUUUCAAGCCAGACCAAGGAUCAAAGUAUUUGGGCCCCAGUUCUCAGGCCCUGUCUACCUCACAGGUGGGCGGGCAUUAACAUAGGGCAGCUCUACAAUGGGCAUAAAGACCAGCUGGGCCAGAGAUGACACCGGGACCCUGCAGCUGCGGUAGUCCGAGCAUAGCUCCCCUCAGCCAGGGGGAGCUCAUCCCAAGGUAGGGAUGGAUUUCCCAGGCCCUUCUGCCCACCUGGAUCAACCCCCCCGAAGGUCCAGCAAUGCCUGUGAGAAAACCUCAUUCACCUUCCUCAGGCAGGAGUUGCCCGUGCGCCUGGCCAACAUCAUGAAAGAAAUCAACCUGCUUCCCGACCGGGUGCUGAGCACACCCUCGGUGCAGCUGGUACAGAGCUGGUAUGUCCAGAGUCUCCUGGACAUCAUGGAGUUCCUGGACAAGGACCCUGAGGACCAUCGGACCCUGAGCCAGUUCACCGACGCCCUGGUCACCAUCCGGAACCGCCACAAUGACGUGGUGCCCACCAUGGCGCAGGGCGUGCUGGAGUACAAGGACGCCUACGGCGACGACCCCGUCUCCAACCAGAACAUCCAGUACUUCCUGGACCGCUUCUACCUCAGCCGCAUCUCCAUCCGCAUGCUGAUCAACCAGCACACCUUGAUCUUUGACGGCAGCACCAACCCAGCCCACCCCAAACACAUCGGCAGCAUCGACCCCAACUGCAGCGUCUCUGAGGUGGUGAAAGAUGCCUACGACAUGGCCAAGCUCCUGUGUGACAAGUAUUACAUGGCCUCACCUGACCUGGAGAUCCAGGAGAUCAAUGCAUCCAACUCCAAACAGCCAAUUCACAUGGUCUAUGUCCCCUCCCACCUCUACCACAUGCUUUUUGAACUCUUCAAGAAUGCCAUGCGAGCGACUGUGGAAAGCCAUGAAUCCAGCCUCACUCUCCCACCUCUCAAGGUCAUGGUGGCCUUGGGCGAGGAAGAUCUUUCCAUCAAAAUGAGUGACCGAGGUGGGGGUGUUCCCUUGAGGAAGAUUGAGCGACUCUUCAGCUACAUGUACUCCACGGCCCCCACGCCUCAGCCCGGCACCGGGGGAACCCCACUGGCUGGCUUCGGGUAUGGGCUCCCUAUUUCCCGCCUGUAUGCCAAGUACUUCCAGGGGGACCUGCAGCUCUUCUCCAUGGAGGGCUUUGGGACCGACGCUGUCAUCUAUCUCAAGGCCCUGUCCACGGACUCGGUGGAACGCCUGCCCGUCUACAACAAGUCAGCCUGGCGCCACUACCAGACCAUCCAGGAGGCCGGUGAUUGGUGUGUGCCCAGCACGGAGCCUAAGAACACGUCCACGUACCGUGUCAGCUAGAGGCCACCCCACUCAUCCGCACCCAAGAGGAUGGACUGCUGUCUCUGGAUCCGGCCACCAUGGUGACCCUCCCUGUCCCCACCCCAGGUUGGGGGAGGCUCUCCCUGAUGACCAGCUUCUUGUCUCUGUGGAAAUCACUGCGGUGACCGGUCUGUGGUGGCCCCUAAGUGCCAAUCUCUGUCCCUAUGGAGACUCCUAGGUGAUCUCCCUGGGUCCAGUCUCUGUGGGCAAUGCCUGAGGAUUGGGGGAUGUCUCCACCCUGAUAGGGUGUCCCAGAGAUACAUUUCCAUGGCAUUCUUUCUCUCUGAGCCCAGAGCUGCCACUUCUCUGCUGGGGGUCCUAGGUCCCCCUCACUGCCUUCCACAGCCCUGGCCUUCCAAGUGGACACCCCUGCUUGCCUUAUUCCCUUGGCCCGUGCCGGUACCCUGGCCCUGGUCUGGUGUCAGUGUUAGGAAGGGGCCAGGUACCCGCCACAUCUGGCAUAGUGGGAGGGGACCCUUGGUUGGGGACCUGGUCCUACAGUCUCUUCCUCCACUCUGAGUUUAAGGUCAAAGUUAGGAGGGAGGGGUUUCUCACCUGGGGCUCACCCCUAAAGCCGAGGAACCUGGGAGGACCCAGAGCUUGGCCAUCCAACCAAGCUGCUUGAAGCCUGCAGGUGGCCCCAGCAAUGUUUCUGCCACCUCCCGAGCCCUUCCCCUGCAUGUCCUCACGUGCAUACACCUGCCUGCCACACACGGUCCCCCACUGAGCUCCAGACCCCAAUUCCCACUGUGCCCGCGUGUGCUUGGGGUGGCUUUCUCCCUAGAAUGUUGUGUGUACAUAGCUAAUUUCAUAGCCCUGAAUGCGCCCACCCUUUCCCUUAGCACACAGGGGGUUAAAGUUGUGUGCUCCUCCCAGUGGCUGUGAUGGUGACAGUGACAUCCACAGUAAAGAGGAGAUCGAAUGAGACUGCA